AUGUCCGGAGCGGCUCCGCGAGGAGGCGCUCCCUACCGCAACCGAUCCCGGGCGCCCGCCCGGUCCCGGUCGGCCCUCUGCUCCUCCAGCGUCGUUGCAGGAGCCCGGCGGCGCGAGCGCGCACCACGCUGUCCAGCUCUGGUCGCGCUGCCACCGGGAACGGAUGAGCCCAGCGGCUGCUACGGCUCUCUCGUCGGCGGCGAGGCCGAUCCCGGCCAGCGCGCAGUCACCUGGCAGCCGUCCGGCUGCCCGAUUUGGGAGCCGUCCGGCUCCCCCACGCCCCGUCCGGAGCGCCUCAGCUCGCUCCGUCCGGAGCGUCGCCCAGCGCUGCCACCGGGAACGGAUGAGCCCAGCGGCAGCCACGGCUCUCUCGUCGGCGGCGAGGCCGAUCCCGGCCAGCGCGCAGUCACCUGGCAGCCGUCCGGCUGCCCGAUCCAGGAGCCGUCCGGCUCCCCCACGCUCCGUCCGGAGCGCACCAACCCGCUCCGUCCGGAGCGUCACCGAGCGCCGCCACUGCGACAAAAUGAGCCCAGCAGCUGCCACGGCUCUCUCGUCGGCGGCGAGGCCGAUCCCGGCCCACGCGCUCUGCUCUUGAAGGCGGCGGCUCCCGCCGUCGCCGAUUGCCUCCUCGUCUGCCCGCUCGCCACUCGUGGCUGA